CAGGUUGUCAUGGCGACCACAGAACGCCUUCCCGGGGCUGAGGGCUGAAGCGAUGGCGGCGCUGCUGGGGGGCUCCGUGUCCCCCCGGGGACUGGCCCGCUCGGUGGCCCACAGGCUGUAAGGAGCGUGUAUGUGUGUGCGCGCGCUUCAGUGGCUGGGAAACGGGGGCAGAAAUGUAAUUCGUAAGUGUGUGUGUGUGUGCGCGCGCGCUUUAAUUCUAUUAAUCUGUAAUUGCUUGUUAAUGGGUCCACAACCCCCCAAUGUUUUUCACUGCUGUUAUUUUAUCGGUAAGCCUCCUUGAGUCCCUGCCAGGAAAAAAAAGGCAGAAUAUAGAUGCAUUAUUGUUAUUAUAUUAAUAAUAUAUACCUAUGACACCAGCAACGUACAUAAUUAUACAGUUUUCUGUAAUCUGCCUUGUGGGUUUUUCUUUAGAGUCAAGCGGUAUAUAAAUUUAAUUAAUAAAUACAAAAGGACUUUGACAUUACCGUAACAGUACAGAGCACACAACAGCUUAAUAUAAUAAUAAUAAUUUUUAUUUAUACCCCACCCUCCCCAGCCAAGGCCGGGCUCAGAGCGGCUUACAAGCAAUAAUAAAAACAAGUUGAAUGAUUACAACUUAAAAACAAAAUUAAAAUACAACAUUAAAAUAUUGAAAUAUUAAAAUUUAGCCUCAUCGGAGGAGGAGAAGGAAAGGAAAAAAGAAAGAGAGGGAGGGAAUCAAAUUGGCUCCAAGCCAAAGGCCAGGCGGAACAACUCUGUCUUACAGGCUCUGCGGAAAGAAAUCAGAUCCUGCAGGGCCCUGGUCUCAUGAGGCAGAGCGUUCCACCAGGCCGGAGCCAGAGUUGAAAAGGCCCUGGCUCUGGUGGAAGCCAAUCUAACUUCCUUAGGGCCUGGGACCACUAGGGUGUUGCUAUUUAUGGACCUUGAGGCUCUCCGUGGGGCAUACCAAGAGAGGCGGUCCCGUAGGUACGAGGGUCCUAGGCCGUGAAGGGCUUUAAAGGUCAAAAGCAGCACCUUAAAUCUGACCCUGUACUCUACCGGGAGCCAGUGCAGUUUGAAAAGCACUGGGUGAAUAUGCUCCCAUGGCAGAGACCCCGUGAGGAGCCUCGCUGCAGCAUUCUGACCCUCUGGAGUUUCUGGGUCAGCUUCAAGGGCAGCCCUGCGUAGAGUGAAUUACAGUAGUCAAGCCUGGAGAUGACCGUCGCAUGGAUCACUGUGGCCAGGUUGGGGUGGGAAAGGUAAGGGACCAACUGCUUGAUGCGGCGAAGGUGGAAAAAUGUCGCCUUGGCUGUUGCUGUAACUUGUGCCUCCAUGGAAAGGGAGGCGUCAAGGAUUACACCCAAAUUCUUAACAUAAUAAAUAUAUUUAUUUAUUAUUACACUUACAUGCCACCCUUUCUACAAAGAGCUCAAGAGGCAGCAUACAUCCUUAUUUCUUUCAUUUUUCCUCACAGUGACCCUGUGAGGUAGAUUAGGCUGACAGGCAGCGACUGGUCCAAAGUCACACAGUGAGCUUCAUGGCCAAAUGGGGAUUCGAACCCUGGUCUCUCAGCGCUCUAAUCACUGUGCCACACUGGGUCUCACCAUCACUCCCAUGAUGGGAGUGAAAACCCACAAGCACACUAAAUGCAUCCACUUAGCAGUGACCAUCAGGGACUGAUAAAUGUUAAUUUUAAAUUAUUAUCAAUGUUUUUUAAAUUAAGAUCUAGCAACCCUAGUUAUAAAGCCACACAGCACAAGAUUGAACAGACAUUUGGCUUGCAGUAUACAGCUGUCUGAUCUUAUAAAAUAUGUUCAGGGCAAUGGCCCCAUCCUCAUUCCCUACUACCUAGACAGGUACUUCACAGCACAGUCAUAUGAAAAUGGAACUUAUGCCUAGUAUGUGUAGGAUUGCUGCCUUGGAGAUCUGCCCUUUCCAUCCUGCUUGGCAACGCUUCAACCAUCAUCUCAGACCAAUACAUGAUCUUUAAAUGCUAAAUUUGUACUGCAAAAUUAGACAGGAACGUAGAAGCAUCUUGACACUCCCAAACUCUUCACGAUAGCUUUGUGAUUUUGAAUGUUAUGAUGGCAAAGGGAGCAGCAUAGCCAGAUGGCAAUUAUGCUUUUUUUAAAAAAAUAAGGAAAAAAAUGUGUUUUUCCUCAUUUAGAAAGUAUUAUGUUGAUGUACAAAGAAAAGAAGAUUCCUUUGAUUCAUCUGGAGUCAUCCAUGAUGAGACUGAAAGUUUGCAUUUGGUAAAUAUUUGUUAACGUAUGUGUGGGUUUCAAAAUCACAUCUGUUGCGCACAAUGAAGACUGGGAAAGGGGGGCACUGGCCCACUAACCUCAGCCAGCUCCCCACCUUCCUAUCUUCUCACCUGCAACCAGGCUUGGGGGUGGCAAUCCCAGUAUGAAGGGAGUUUAAGUCCAACAAAAUCUGGAGGGUACUAUUCUAGCACUAAUUAGCCCACCAGAAACUGUUCAUUAGUAGAUCUACCUUCUGCCUACUCCUGUUGUAACUUAUCAUGUGGUGGCUGAUUGUUAGCCUCUCCCCAUUUGGUCUUUGCUGGGUUGUUAUGCUGCAUCUGGGCUUGAUGGUAAUUAUCAUGGUAGCAAACUUGACCCUCGUGCCUUGCCAUCCUAGCCAUGUCCAUCUGGAUGGGUUGCCCCCGCCACUCUAUCCUAUAUGGAUGUAGUCCCACUGAGUUCAAUGGGAUUUAUCGUAUAUCCAAACGUGUGUUUAGGAUUGCAGCCCAAAUUUAUAGAUUUUGAGUGGUAUUUGCAAUACCAGUGAGAUGCAUUGGAUUUUUUUCUUUUUUAUGAUUGAGUAUUUUAACAUUUGCAUAUAGAAAAGUGGGUUUUUAUGUUGAAUACGCACACACAAAAACUAGUUUUGUGUAUUGUAGUUUUGAGCCUAUUAGCUUUCUUGUAGAGUUUCUCAAGAUUCCCCAAUCUAAAUAGUUUUCUAAGAAUCUUCAUUUUUACUGGUCUUGCAGCAUCCAGCAUUUUUGAUGAAGCAGAAGGAAAACCGGGAGCUGGAACAUAAUUUUGCUGAGAUUAAAUUGGAAGCAUCCUUACGUGCCUUUAUGGGGAGCACCGAAGAAUGCAACAGAAAAUUGCAGAAAAGCCCAGAAAAGCAAAAGGAUUUGGAAAAGCUUAUUAAAAAGAUGGCACAAGUAAUAUUUAGAAUCACUCUUCUCUAUUUCUUUAUGCAUACCACCUUUUUAAUACAUAUCAUUUCAUGUUUGGGGAAUCAUCUGCUAUGUAUGGUGGUAGAGCCAUCAUAUGGGAAAUAGCAGUGUGUACCCAGCCAGUGGGUGUGUUCACACAUAAUAAGUUCAGAGCACUGGUUUUGGUGUAUAAAGCCCUAUACAGCCUAGGACCAAGAUAUCUGAAAGAUCAUCUCUCUCCUUAUAUACCCAGUUGGUCACUGUGCUCUGCAGGCCCUCUGCAGAUACCAUUUUUUCACAAGUUCUGUUCUGCACAAUAUAGGAAUUCAACCUUCAGUGCCAUGGUACCUGCCCUUUUGAAUUCCCCCUGUUCAGUAUUAGACAGGAGCUGUCUUUGUUGUCACCUACUGAAGACCUUCCUCUUCCCACAAACCUUUUAAGCGAGAACUUUUCCAGCCAUCAUCUAUAUUGGAAUUGUUUUUAAAAUGCUUUCAUUGUUUUGUCACUUGUUGUUUGCUGCCGUGGGCUCCUUUGGGAUUUAAAUUUAAUAAAUAAUAACACCAAACUGCAGUUUGACAUUACACAUCUCAGGAUUGCGUGCCUCCUCCGCUUCCUUCUUCCCACAGAACAAGGCAGUUCCCUGCCUGUAUGGUGGAGCAUCUGAGUGGUAGGCUAAGACAGGGGAGAUCUCGAUUCAAAUCUCCACUCAUUCCUGAAGCUUACUGAGUGAUCUUGAGCCAAUUGCUCUCUCUCUGCUUAACCACCUUCAUAGGGCUGUUGCAAGGAUGAAAUGGGAGGGGGGAAACUGUGUAUGCCAUCUUGAGCUCCUUUGAAGAAAGGGGUGGGAUGAGGGAGCGUGGCUUUCUGUUGUGAUCAAGGCCAUUACUUCUCCCUCCUCUGACUUAUGUCCAGGGCAUUUUGUGAAAAUAAAACAGUGGCUACCAAGAGACAGCUGCUGAGAAGGCUUAAAAACAAAAACAGAGAGUGAUAAAACAAAUACGACUAUAAUAACAAAUAUGACAUACAAGUUAACAGUGAAAUAAAUUGACUGUAGCAGAACUCAUCCUCUGCUGCCUACUAAUUUUGCUCCCCAGGACUCGGCUCCUUUGCUGCAGGCCUUUGCAUCGUUGCAAAAUCGGGAUUCAUUAUGGAAAGAGAUACAGUGCAACUGGGUGGUUUUCUAGGCUCCCAAAGCAUCUAGCGUUUUGACUUGCAUUAGACAAGUUAGUAACAUCGUCUGCAUCUUUAUUUGUAGGAUUACAUACCUGAUAGAACAAACGAGGGCAAAGCAAAAAGUACAAAAAGGUAAAACCUAUUGCUGUCUAAUUGUUGCCUAAUGGUCAGCAGAAGCUCUUGCUGCCCCGCUGAUUGCUAGAAUGCUAUAAUGCAAAUGUACACCCAAGAACAAUCUCAAAUUAUUUUCUCCCUGAAAUUAUAGUAGUUGAGUGUAUGAAAGAAAACCUAUUGCAUUAACACACUCAACCACCCCACUGCAGCUGCCACACAUGUGCUGUGUCUUUGAGCUACUGACAGUGGAUUUGGGGUUCACACAACCACAGCUGCUGGUUGAACCAAACUGGGAUGCAGCCCCUGCUUGUACAAAAUGGCAGCUGGAUCCUAUGGUUUUGUCAUUUUGAGAUGACAGUGUAUAAUUGUGUCCAGUCUUUCCUGUUGAAAGCUGUUGGUCUUGCAGUCAGGCCCAGCGCCAGCACCCGGCAUGCUUGGGUAAAUACUGGGAAUCCCCAACACUAAUGUCAGGAUUUUUAAUUUAACAGGGGCCGAGAUUUAGGAUUCAGUACUGAAGAGAGAAGCACAGGCUUAGGUGUUGUAGAAAUAGUCACUCUCAUUCCCAACCGAUUCCUCUGAAUGUAGCAAUGCUAUAUUGGGGGCCUCAGGCAUUUGGGGGAAAUAGGCAGGGAAUGCAGACCUGCCUGGCCCAGUACUGUGGCUAGCUGGCCACUUGCCCACCCAUAGUGCCAGCUGGGGACAGCACUGAGCAGAGUUAUGAGCUGCAUACACCGAUUCUACAGCUUUGCCACCUUUAUUACGCUGCCCCCAACAUACACACAUCAGGAGAAAGACCAUCAUAUUUAAGCCAGUGGCGUCAGGGAAGGGGUGUAGCUCAGUGAUAGAGCAUCUGAUUUGCAUGCAGAAGGUAUCCUGGGUUCACUUCCAGCAUCUCCAGGUAUGGCUGGGAGAGAUCCAUGCCAGAAACCCUGGGGAACUGCUGCCAGUUAGUGUAGACAGUACUCAGAUAGAUGGACCAAUGGUCUGAUUCAGCGUAAGGCAGAUUCCUAUGUCCCUGUCAGGGAGUUUGCACAUGUGAAGGCUCACAGCUCCAUUCAGCACCUCUCCAGAGCCACCACUUGUAAGCAAGUGAGCAGCCAGCAGCUCCAGCAGUGAGUUUGUGUAUGGGAUCCCCAGUUCUGUUCAGAUGUGCCACCAUCAUCUUAGCUAGGCACCCCAGCAGCCCAGGACCCCCAAAACUUGGAGCUGGGCCUGCUUGUUGUAAAUAUCGGCAUUUUUCUUGGCAUUAAUUAACUGUACCUUUGUUUUUCAUCAGGCAGGAAAAUCUGCAGACUACUCCCUCCAGACUACAUAUAACUACUACUCCAUGUAUGGCACCAGAAGUACGGAGACUCAUUUCAUCGGCUUCCAAGCUAAUCGUGGCUGCUGUGUGUAUCAAGUCACGCUCUUUCACUCAUUUACAAAAUUGUUAAGCAUUUCCCCUAAAAUCUGUCACUGUUCCUUUAUGCUCUUUACGUACGGAAAGAAGUCAGCUGACUUUUUAGCUAUCUAGCAAACAUCUCCCAGCAAUAAUCCUGCUACUGUUUUACUUCUAGAGUUGAGAGUAGACAGCUUUUGUGAACACAUCUCUCUGUCAAACUCAACGGAUAAAAAACAUAUUUCUCAAGAAUUUAUGUUGAGUCUCUCUCUCUCCAGACUUCUGAAGCCUCUCCGAGAGAAAUGGGAACAACCCAAGAAAGGUUUUCAACCUCAAAGAGAAAAGAAGCAAAAAACAUUCAAUGUUUGGACAGUGGCAGCAAGGCAGGUCUUUCCUCCACACAUUCUCACAAAAAUGAAGCAAGAAGGUACGGCAGCAUGGUGGCAUGCCAGUUGGCAUCUUGAAAGAAACCUUUGCCCCAAAUUCCAUACAGUCAAACCCAGAGAUGGGAGGAUUUGUCCAUUUCUACCAGUUCCUCAUUUUUCCAAACUUAAAUUUUGUUAUUCACAUCUUGCAGCAAUUUGCUAAUUUAUUUUAUUUUUAAAUCCUCGUGAAAACUCACCAGCAUUCUAGUGCAAAUUUAUCCUAAAAAACUUAUUUCACAUGACUGAUGUGCAGUUUUGCAAGCAAUUUCCCCUAAUAUAGUGCAUGUUUUUAUCACUAAUACCUCUAUUUUUAUCCACAUUUUGGUAAACAGUGGUUAGCUGGAGAAAUGCACCCCAUAAUAGGGUUGAGUGCAGAUUUUAAAGGAUGGCUGUGUUUUGGUUUGCAUAUCGUGCUUUAAAUGUACACUGAAUCAAAUGUCUCCUCCAUCCCUAGACUAACCAUUUCACAUGCCCGAUGAUACUUCCUAUCCUCCUGAGAUUCCAUCUUCUUUCUUUCUGUUUGCUUUUUGUCUUUCAGAAAAGUAUUCCCACCUCCUCCUUUCCCUUGCAGCUGAUGGAUCAGUUUUCUCUGGGCGCCUAAUUGCCCUGGCAUCUCCUCCUUUUAGCAGUGGACGAGCCAUCUCUGGGAUUGUUAGGCUUUUUCAUUGAAGUGACAUGAUGAAGGGAUCCUACAGUUUUAUUAGUGUUGAUAUUUGCUCAUUUCUGCGGGGUUAAGGUAAAGGUACCCCUAACCUUUAGGUCUAGUCGCGGACGACUCUGGGGUUGCACGCUCAUCUUGCUCUAUAGGCCGAGGGAGCCGGCAUUUGUCCACAGACAACUUCCGGGUCAUGUGGCCAGCAUGGCUAAGCCGCUUCUGGCGAACCAGGGCAGCGCACAGAAAUGCCAUUUACCUUCCCGCCUGAGUGGUACCUAUUUACUUGCACUUUGACAUGCUUUCGAACUGCUAGGUUGGCAGGAGCUGGGACCGAGCAACGGGAGCUCACCCCGUCACAGGGAUUUGAACCACCGACCUACUAAUCGGCAAGCCCUAGGCUCUGUGGUUUAGACCACAGCGCCACCCGCGUCCCUAACCCACCUGCAGGGUUAGAAUGCUAGAUUUUGCUUUGACUCUGAUGAAGAACUUGUGUCAACUUUGUGCAACACAAGCAUCCCCCUUCACACCUAAAGUUGACCUUCUAGCACUGCUGGGAUGAGUGGGGCACUGUGGCAUUAUCUUGUGUGUGUGAGAGAGGAGGAAUGAUGCAAGGAUGUGGGGUGCCCUUGACACAAGUUCAUUGGUUGCCUUUGUGUGUUGGGGAAGGGGGAAUGAUUGAUUGGGCUAUGGUGGUGUUUCUAGAGACACCAAGGAUGUAUCUGAUACAUUUAAGCAUAUUUAUCAUAUGUUCUGGUUGUGAGUUUCUCCCCCUCCUGGGCUGAAUAUCAUUGGAUAUGCGGCCAUUACACCAGAAUAGCAGUGGCUUAUUUCUGGCCUCAGUGUAAUGUUAAUAUAGGAUUGCUUCUUUUUGUUGGGAUGCACCUUUGAUCUUCUAAUUUAUUUCCUGGCUUCUCAAGAAGUCAUUCUCAAAAAAUGUGAAUGGGAUUUUACAAUGUUUUCAUUUUCUGGUGUCUUUCAGGGUUAAACGAAACCGUGAAGGGGGAAAAUGGAAAGAAGCGAAGAGAUCAUCUGAAACUUCAAGCACUUCCAACAACUCCAAGAAAUCUAACAGGCCUUUUUUGAAAAUUCCACCUAAACCAAGUGAUAAAAGCUCAGAUGAUAGGAGAUUCGUAGCUCUAUAUUUGCAAACUGGACAAAACGAAGCAUUUAGGAAAGGUAUACUUAGAAGCAGAACCUCCUCAGCAAUGUCUGAACAUCAAGAUAAGCAUUCAAAUGCUCAAUGGAAGAACUUUUCACCCACUCAGCAAAUUGCAGAGAAUUCUGCUGGACCCUCCAAUAAACCACUUAAAAUCAAAAGGCAAGAGUCAUCUCUCGGACCAACUAAAACAGUGCCAAAAGUUAAGAGCUCUCCAGCAAGCAAGUUUUUGAAUACAAGACCGAUCCAGAGUUCCAGGAGUAAUCGAGAAGAAAAAAGACGCAGCACAAAAUAUUCUGCAAAAUCGACCGCUGAAGUGAUAAGUAUCCAGAGUUUAAUGUCCAUAGAAAAGACUCAGAAGCAAUAUGAUCCCACGCCGAUUUCUGGGUGGUUUCUUAAAGGCCAAGGCAAUCAAAUACACAGCCAAGGUGAUCAGAAAAGCAAGCUUGUGGAAAACUCUGAAAACGACUGGCCUCAAAAUGAGCAAAAGUGGUGUGAUUUAGUAUCAAGGAACCCUGAAUGCCGCCAGGUUCAUUUUCAAACACUUCAAGAGGAGUCCAUUCCUGGCACCGCUGCUUGGGAACACCCUUCUUUGGAAAGUUGUAGCUGGCAAAACCUAAGAAGCCCUGAAGAUGCAACUCAGUCAAUUGCCACCAACAAAGUAUCCACUGGGAUUGUGACAGGUCUUCAAGAGGAUCAGAACAAUGACCAUAUCCCCGUGGUCCAGCGUGAAUCACAUUUUCUGUAUCAAGUGUGCCAGGAAAUGGAUGAAGAUGUACGACCAAGUUUAAGUAUGAAUAGGUCUAUGACUAGAGAUGGAAAUGUCAGAAACCAAAGUACACACCAUCUUUUAGACCAGCUCUUCUCUUCAGAGGAAGAAGGGUACAGCUAUGCCGUUGAGGACCCUGCCAAUACCACACAGAUGCAGGAUGUUACUUUAGGAGAGUCCCGGGAUAAGCAAAUGAUGCCUCUCCCAUCAGUGACACCAGGUGCUUGCAGGUGUUCAGAACUACUGAGUUACUGUGUGUGUCAAGCUCCUGAAAAGCAACGUCUGGGACCCCCUGUCAAAACCACAACUAUUUUAGAAAGACUGGAAAGUGAGCAGUCGGAAGAAGAAUUCACCAUUUCAUCUGCCUCUAGCAGCCUGAGUGCCAGAUCAUUAACUGGCCUAUGUGAACAGAUGGUAAGGCAUUUGAAGUUGUGCUUUAAUGACUUCUACUUGGCUUCUGGAAUGAGGUUUCCCAUUACUUUUCAGCAAAAUUGGAAGCUGCCUAAUUAGGCCAAACCCAUCUUUUAAAAUUGGGCAGAUCGGUUAUGAUUUAUUGGGCAGCUCAAGAGGUGCUGAGCCAAUCUGCCAUUUGUCUCUUACUAGUGCUGCGGCUCAUUCUCUAUCUUCAUAUUCAAGUAGGUUUUGGGGAAAGGGCUUUCUGAUGCAUCCUCACCUGUUCUGAGGAGUUUACCUGGUAGUGGUGGGUAACCACACCAGUCAUUGGCACUAGGCAGAUCAGAUCCACCAUAUAAAUGUCCCUCAGUGAACUAGAGUGAUGCUGCCUCAGGGGUAUUUGAUAGGUCUUGCUCAGGAUGGGCAGAAGCAGAAGACACAAGACAAAUUCAUUUCCACCAUACGUUACUUGUCAAAGUGGACAUCUGGGGUAUGGCUCUUGUCAUAUUACAUUGUAUCUCAGCAGCCCCACAUCAUUAUGAAUAAUACUUUUGUAUCAGCCUGAAGUGCUUUCCAGUGAUUACUGGCUGCAGGACAGGGGAUGGGAAACCCGUGACCCUCACGUUAUCAAUAGACUACAACUCCCAUCAUCCUUGACAAUUGGUUGUGCUGGCUGGGGCUGAUGGGAGUUGUAGUCCAACAACAACUGGACGGCAUGAUGUUGGCAGCCCCUGGUCUAUGACAUAAGAGCUGGACAGCAUAAGCAGUAGAUCUAAUUAUGUUGAUCUAUGGCAGACACUGAUGUAAACAGCUGCCUCCUGCAAUUUUAUAGAGUUUAAAUAGAUGGUGAUUACUGUUCCCAUUCAGUCUUCUCUCUCCAGGGCUAAAUAUAUGUUUGUCAACCUAUUUAUAUGCACUAGAACAGUGCAUCCCGUUUAUUGUGAAAAUUCAUCCAAGGUGCCUGUUUUUAAAGAUUUUACCUCUGCUACACAACAUACGUACUUCAUGUGAAAGAGACAUACUUUUGCUGAACUGUGUGCACAUAUUUACACACACCUGGCUCUAGCUGUUAGAUCUUGGGGGCUGUGUAAAAUACAAAAUAGUUCCAGCGAGCCUGAAGUCUUCUUAACCCUGGGCCAGAAGAUCUCCUCCAUAGGAACUGCCCUGACAUCUGAAUUAGGGAUAAUCUAUCAUUUCCAACAGAAAUCUAUGUUAUCUCCCUAUUACCUAAAUGUUACCUACAUGUGCUUUUAAUCCUAGAACAGAAACAGCAAGGAGGAAAACAACACUGACCCUAGCAUGGAACUUCUUGUUCAGAAACUUCGGAAGGUGACGCCAGAAGAGACCACCACAUGUCAAGAUAGGUUCCGUCAAGAAAGCAAAAAGCCAAGGUAUGAAAACUUUAAUUCUGUUGGCGAAUGACAAUUUUGAAUUUUUAAAAAUACGAUACUCUAAUCUAGAUGUUUCCAGGUGUGCUGUAACAUCACGGUUUCAUAGUUUGGCCAGAGAGAUUAUGCCUAGCAAUAACCACCACCACUCUCCCGCCACCCACUUAUAUUCAACAUAUGGAUGACUAAUGAGUUAGCAGCCCUUUCUUGCCAUUAACAUCUGGCCAUUCAGGCAGGGUAAAAGCAAAGGAAGAAGUAGAGACUGAAUCUGCCAUGGAUGCUUUAGCUGGUAUUUCUGCACUGCAGCGGGUUGGACUGGAUGACCCUUGGGGUCCCUUCCAACUCUAAGUUUCUAUGAUUCGAUGAAUCCUGUACAUGUGAGAAAGCACUUCAUCCCCAAAGCUCUUAAGGUUGUCAGAAAGCUCAUCCUCUUGUUCACAUCUGUGCAGUAUAUUAAAGUGUGCAGAAAAGCAUUAUGUGGCUGCCUCCCACUUACAGAUACCCUCCCCACGCAUGUCUGCCAAAGCUCAGCUUACAGAAUUCUGGAAACCAUGCUUGGACUGGCUUCUGGUGAAUGCACUGGUUCAAGAGUAAUGUUUGAAUAACAUGUGGUCUCAUGUAGUUGUUUGUAUGUGUGUUAUUUGGUUCAGAGUGGAGUACCUUUAAGGCUUUUAAAUACUUGGGAUCUAUGGCUAAUUUUAGGGACGCAGGGCAGUACCAAACAAAACCCACCACCUUUUUUUUCCUGGGCAGUGAUCAGAUGGGAAGAGGAAGCAUUCAGAAGGUCUUUUUAAAAAGUGCUCCUUGCUGUGAAGGGUAGUAAGGUUACUUUUGUUGUGUCUCUCACGCCUGCAAAUUAAGCUUAAUGCUCAGUUUCGCUUCCUUAAUCCCCAUGUACCCUAACAUUAUGUUUCAGUUUUACUUCCUUGUUUGGGUGAAGAGUCUAUAGAGCAAAGCAAGGGGAGUGGCUUUGGUCGGGUUUGAUUUUCCUUUAGUUUAGUGCAAGGAUGCUCCACCUUCUUUCACUGAAUAACAGUUUUGCCAUCUGAGCUACAUCAUAGCCUAGCCCAUGGGUAGACAAACUAAGGCCCAGGGGCCAAAUCCAGCCCAAUCGUCUUCUCAAUCCAGCCCACGGAUGGUCUGGGAAUCAGCGUGUUUUUACAUGAGCAGAAUGUGUCCUUUUAUUUAAAAUGCAUCUCUGGGUUAUUUGUGGGGCAUAGGAAUUAGUUCUUUUUUCUUUUUCUUAAUAUAGUCCGGCCCCCCAUAAGGUCUGAGGAACAGUGGACUGCUGAAAAAGUUUGCUGACCCGUGGCCUAGCCAGUCAUUUUCUCCCUGUCUAAGUCCAUUUUGUAAUCUUUGCUUUCUCUCCCUUCAGUUCUCCCACUGAGACGAGAAGAGACUUGGAUCAUGGAACUGAGGGUACCUGCGUCAAUCAAAUAGUUUAUUUUUCUCACUUCCCCCAGUCAUUUUAGAGCAGAUCCCCAACUCCAAGAGGACCACAUUAAUUGUUGGCUCAUCUCUUUCCUCGUCAUAAAAAAAGGCAUGGUAGCCACCACUCUUUACCACUCUGCUUGUGAUUGUUUAAUGCAUUAUUCGCUAUGUUCAUGGAAAUCAAAUCAGUAGCAUUUAGAUCUCAAAUGCAUUUUUCUCCCAAUGCCUCUCCAAUUUCAGUGACUGUCUGCCCAGGCUGACGCUUGCGUCAGGUAUGAAUAGACUGCCGUUUUAUUUUUGUAAUCUUGACAGCUGAUAAAAUCACCCACCUGAAACGAAAAACCUGUUUCCACUGUGGGAAUCUUCUUAAAAGAUUGAAAGAUGAACUGACCUCUAAACAAAAUCUGCCCAUAAUGUCCAGAGACUCUUGAAAUCGACGGGACUGAGCUCUGAUUUUUUAAGACAGUUUAAUCCCCAGUGUUGAAAGAUUUUGAAAUUGUUAUUUUAAGAAGAGCCCUGCUGGAUCAGAACAAAGGUCUGUAUAGUCCCAGUAACCAACAGAUGCCUCUCACGAAGACUGCAAGAAGGACACGAGCAAAACAGCCCUCACACAACCAUUGUUUUCCAACAACUUGUACUCGGUGGCAUGUUGCCUCUGAACCGGGAGGCUGCAGAUUGCCAUCACAUCUAGAAACCACUGACAGCAUCACCCUUUAUGAAUCUCCCUCCCUUUUUAAAAACCAUCUAAAUGGAUGACUCUCAACAGAAGCAAAUCUGAUAGUUCAACACUGCACUGUGUGAAGUUCUUCUUUUAAGACCGGUGGUUCUCAAGGGGUUUGGCAGGAAAGGAUGGCAAGUACUGCGGGAAGAUUCAAGGACAAUCAAAGAAACAUUUAAACAUUUCAGAGUAGCAUAGUAGAAAACUUCUUUUUUUUGGUGGUGGUGGUGGUGGGGAUAUCUAUCCAUGUCUCUCUUCAAGAGCAUUGGCUAUUCUUCUACAGUUCUUUACAACAUAUUAUUGUGAACAGGGUCUUCCAAAUAUUAAAGAUCAGAAAAGAGAAAGGCUUCCUUGUGUUGAGGAGAUGAAUUUGUCUCAAAUUAGACCUAAUAUCAAGAUUACCCAGCAAAAGCAAGUUCACACCUCUGAGUUUGUAUGCAUACUUAAGGUAAAAGGUGACCAUCCAGGGGUCCUUUACCUUUUCUAAAAAAACAUACUUAAGGUACAUAUGUAAGAGACUCAUUUAUAAUUAUAUUUUGGGAAUGAUUCAAGUUCUUAUGUAGCUGUGUUGUUUAAUAUCUUAUGAACGUCCCACGGUCAUAUUAUAAAGUAAUUGUGUUGUAUGUUAUAAAUCAAGCACUGCUAGGAUUUGUUUCUUUUUGUUUUCCAAUGUAUUCCUUAUCAAUAAAAAAAUUGGUGUGGUACAAGCAGAUUUUUAUUCUGAAAGUGUGGCUCAGAAUUUCCCCCCCUGAGAACCACUACUUUAGACUGACUAGAAUCUUCCUCCAGGCUCAGAAAUAAGGACAAAAUACUGCUAUCCCCUUGAAAGAAGACUAAGUGUUUUUAAACUUUGGUCAGAUUAUGCCCUGUGUUUUGCAAACAUGAUUUUGAAGUGUUCCAACUGUUGUUGCUUUAAUGUUGUGCUGAAAGCUUGACCCUUGGGUAAUAUGAUUUGACAAAGCUGAAUAAUGUAGUUAAAGAGAAAUAAAAGCCAACACUCC